UUUACGCCCCUCCCUUUCUCUCUGUAUUACGCUCCCUCGUUAUGGCUUCGCUUACUCCCGGUAUCCUCCUCAAGCUCCUCCAAUCAAUGAAUUCCUCCGCCCGUGUCGCCGGCGACCACCGUUCAGGCCUCCUCCAAGUAAUCGGCAUCGUUCCGGCUCUUGCCGGAUCUGACGAACUCUGGGCCAACCAUGGUUUCUAUGUUCAACUCUCCGAUUCCCUUAACUCCACCUACGUCUCCCUCUCCGAUCGCGACAGUGAAUUGAUACUCUCCAAUCGGCUCCAGCUAGGUCAGUUCGUUUACGUUGAUCGCUUCCAUUUUGAAUCUCCCGUGCCACGUGUCUCUGGUAUCCGACCGAUUGCUGGUCGUCACGCUUUCGUUGGUUCACCGGACCCUCUCAUUGCUCGCAUUUCGUCUUCCAAGAGGGAUUUCGUUGUACAACCCGUAUCCGAAUUCUCCUCGGAUCCGGUUGCAGUUUAUUUGUCUAACAAGAAGUUGGAGCAACCAACUCAAAGUGGAAAUAAGGAUUCGAAAAUUGAAAAUCCUAGAACAAAGCAGCCUCUCGUGCCUAGAGAUAACGUCGAAGUUAAUGAAAAUUCGGAAAGGUUUUCGUCUCCGGUGGCUUCCAAACGUUCGGUUUCGACUGUGAAGAAAACCAGUGCGGCGGUUGUGGAAAGAGAUCCUUCUCCGGCGGGGAAAGGAAAGAGAUCCGCAUCUCCGUUACCUUCGAAAUGCAUGGUACCGAGCUUGAUGGCAGGGAAGGAAGAUAAUAAGAAAAUUGGGAGAGAGUCGGUGAUCAUGGUACCUUCGAGGUAUAGGCAACCUUCUCCCAACGGGAGGAAGCAAGCAUCACCAGGUGCUCGAAGACCGUCACUUUCUCCGGCGAAGAGGUUGGCCGGAGGGUUGAAGGUUUCGCCGGCUGUAGGGGAUUCGAAGAAGAAGAUGGCAACCAUUGUUGCUGGGAUUUCGAAGGCGUCCGAAGCUUUGGUGGGUUCUGCCAAGAGUAGUAGGAAGAGCUGGGAUGAGCAACCAGAGAAGGGUUCAGGGGAGCUGAAGGAGAAAGCUUAUGUUAAGACUAAGCCGGAUCUGCAAGCUAUUUUGCGGACUCAGACGGCCAUUUCAAGACGUUUAACUGAUGUACAUAGUCAGAAAUCCAAUGAUGGAAAUUCUUCAAGCAAUGAGAAAAGAAAAGCUAGUUCACCUAAAGAUGGUUCUGCCGCAGAGAAACCAGCACGUGGGAGUGGAGCUCUGGGAAUCACCGUCCAUGAAAAGAAAUGGACUGAUGGCAGUGUUUCAUGGGAUACCCUUUCUGCUGACCUUGCAAAGCUUGGAAAGGAAGCUAUGCAAAGGAGAGUUCUUGCUUCUAAAACUGCAGCAGAGGCAUUGGAGGAGGCCAUAACUGCCGAGUCUCUUGUUAGGAAUCUAAGCAUGUUUUCAGAACUUUCCUCUAAAUCCAAGGCUGGGAAUCCUUUGCCAACCAUUGACCGAUUUUUAUCCAUUUACGACGAUGUCGUAAAGUACACUGGAAUUGCUGAAACUGUUGCAGCUGGUUGCAAAUCUGGCAUCGAAGAACACUCGAAAUCAUCUUCUCUAUGGGUUGAAGCUGCAGUGACAACUGAUCUUGAAAUAGUCUCCCUUCUAACCCCUCAAAACAAUGAAUCUCUAUCAGCUUUACAAAUAAACCUGUCUCAGCAUGCUUCACCCAAAAACCAACUCAAAACCAGUUCAAUCCCACAGCUGCAGCAAAAUAAUAAUGCUGCAAUGUGGACUAGAGGUGAAGGGAUGAAAGAGACAAUGCACUUUGCAAUGAACUUGAAAGUUGAGAUGCAAAUGUGGUUUAUUGGUUUCAUCGAAGAGUCCUUGAAAGCAUUAGUAUUAGAUUGUGGUUCCAUUGCAGCGGUUUUAUCACAAUUGAAACGGGUCAAUGAUUGGUUAGACCGGGCGGUUUUGAAAGGGGAUGAGGUAUUGGUUCACAUGGUUGAGAAAUUGAAGAGGAAAAUCUAUGGGUUUGUUAUUCAGCAUGUGGGUAGCACUUUUGAUAAUUCCUCACAUUUAUCCUUAUAUUGAAUAUUAUUACUCUGUUUAUUUGUUUUAAGUUAUUUGGUUUCUGAAUAAAAAGUUAUGUCCUUUAUGUAA